AUGUAUCGGUGCGUUCGAGUUGCUGCACCCGAUAACAUGCAAUGCAUAUUGUGGCCUAACUCGCCAGAAGAUGAAUUCAGCGUCUAUAAGCCGGAUACAGUUACGUAUGGAACCAAGCCAGCAGCGUUUCUGGCCAUACGGGCAAUGCAUCAGCUCGCCUCGGAUGAGUCCUCAUUUUACCCCUUAGGCGCACAAAUCGUUAUGCGCGACUUCUACGUAGAUAAUCUGAUAUCCGGUGGAAACACAGUAGAAGAAGUACUCGAAAUCAAGCAUCAAUCGACCAGCCUCCUCGCUCGCGGCAAUUUCCGCUUACAGAAGUGGUGCUCCAAUAACCAGGAGGUUCUGAGUGAUAUCCCUGAUGCUUAUAGAGAAAGUUUCCUGAAAUUUGAUGACGGUAGCAACAUCACCAAAGCAUUGGGUCUUGUAUGGGAUCCACUCAAGGAUAGUUUCUUGUUUGCUUUCACUUCCCGAAUUGCACCUGGCAGGAAUUCCAAACGUUCUGCAUUGUCUACCAUAGCUCGUUGCUAUGAUCCACUUGGACUUAUUGGUCCGACUCUAACAAAGGCGAACAUUAUUCGGCAGCGUAUGCGGAGGGAUAAACUUGAGUGGGACGAGAGCCUACCGCAAUCGCUUGAUACAGCUUGGUCUGCGUUCUGCAAGGACUUCGUCGACGUGCAUCACUUAUCAUUCCCGCGUUACAUCGGAGCCACACAGGAAGUCCACGCAUUUUGCGAUGCCAGCCUCGAGGCAUGCGGCGCUUGUAUUUAUGCUCGCUUAAUCAAAGAUGGCCACAUUCAAGUUCAUUUAUUGUGUUCAAAGGCUCGACUCGCCCCGCUGAAGACGCUUACUGUGCCAAAGCUAGAGCUCUGCGCUGCUGAUUUACUAGCGCAUUUAUUAGCCGAAAUCGCAAAGAUGAAGGCAUUUGAUUGCUCGUUUUACUGCUGGUCGGACUCGACUGUGUCAUGGCUAAUGGAAAUAUCCUCUAAAUUCAACGUGUUUAUACGUUCCUACAGCCGUGAACCCAGCGGAUAUUUUGUCUAUUUGCGCCAGCUGAGCUGUCACGUUCAACGCUUUGGACCCACGGUCCACCAUUCUUGCAGCUCGAGUCGGCCAAAGAAUAAAAAGAAAAUCUUGCCAUUUUCCGCCGAGGAAAAAAUCAUUUUGAUUGCUGUAAGACCGAACUUAAAUAUGUCGGACGACAAUACUGUUGAAGAUAUUGAUGAUGAUGAAGAGGAUUCGGAUGUUGACAGCGAAACGGGUGGCGACAGCGAAUCGGAUGGCACUGACUCCGAAUAA